AUGUUGGAAUUACUCACAACAAAUCUUGAUAAUCCGGAAAAAAUAUCUGCAGCUCGUGUACAAGUACAACAACUAAGCAUAAUUCUUUGUUCAAGGAGAUUCCAAGGGCAUCAGGAAUCCAUGAAAAGUUUAAAAUGUUAUGUAAUUGUCUUCGGUGUUGCUAUAACUGUAUGCUAUUGCUAUGUUCACCACAUCGUAUAA